GGGUGACCCACACACAGCAGUUAGAGUCUAAACGCUAGAAAAGCGAGUAAACAGACUCUAGCUGAUAAGAGGAUUUUUACUGAGUGAUUCUUACAGUAAAAUUAAACAUAAAAUUAUUGACCUGAAUGAUUUUGUAAAGGAUCAGAGCUAGAUGAUGUCUGUAAAUACAGCGCGCGAGCUUCCGUUCCUGCCAGGAAACACAUUCCGGGACAUAACGAAAUCAGCCUUCAACAGAUCACAGACUUUAACCUAUAAGAAUGGCUAUGCUUUUCCCAUCCGACCCAAAGUGGGGAUUGGACAGCAGCCUUUGACCUCCGAAAACCUGAACAUGAUGAAACAGCUCUUUAUCCGAGCACCUAUUGUCUCUAAAGAACCGUCCACACGGACUCCUCCAAGCUUCAUUCCGGCCUAUGUCACCUACGACAAGAAGGUUCUGCGUUUUUAUGGCUACUUCCAGCAGGAGGUGCUGUACUCACCAGAGGAGAGCUGGCGUGUGCGGCCAGUCGUGUUGUAUUACUACCUGGAGGACGACAGCAUGUGUGUGAUGGAGCCAAGGUUAAAAAACUCAGGAAUUCCGCAGGGAAAACUGCUCAAACGCCAGCGGAUGCCUAAGAACAAGUGUUCAGAACAUUACCACUGGAAAGACUUGAAUCUCGCUAUGGAUUUGUGUCUGUAUGGCACUGUGUACAGAAUCACACAGUGCGACGCCUUCACUCGGGAGUUCAUGGAGAGUCACGGGAUAGAAUUGAAUGACCCUGAACGGAUCCCUAGUGACCCCUACAUGACCCGCCGCUCUCAGCCAGACCACUCUUUCCUUACACCAUCAGAUUUUGACCACUUCAAACAGUUCCUCACUAUGGACCGUAAGGUGCUGCGAUUCUUCGCUCUGUUGGAUGACUUAGACUCAGGUGAAAAAAGGCCUGUAACCAUACAGUAUUAUCUGGUGGAUGAUUCCGUGGAGAUCCGUGAAGUCCGGGAGCCUAACAGCGGCAGAGACACGUUUCCCCUCAUGUUGCGGAGACAAAAGAUUCAUAAAGACAUCAAAGCAGAGUGCCAACCGUUCCCUAGUUGUGUUCUCGAAGUGUCUCCACAUGAAGUUGUUGAGUUUUACUCGCCAAAAGACUUCCGGGUCGGGGAGAAGAUUAAGCUCAUGGGAAAUCACUUUCUACUGUAUGAUUGUGAUGAGUUCACCCGGAAGUAUUACAAGGAGCAUCACCCGGACAUCACUCUCAAGCCCCACCCAUUAGAGAAAAGACCAGAGCAAGAGUUCAAGAGGGUGAUCCCACCAUACAACGGCUUUGGAACGCUUGAGGAUUCGCUCCAAAAUUGUCUGACUCUGUUUCCUGAGCCGCCCAAGAAAGACUUGAUAAAACUGAUCAAAAAUGACAACAAAGUGCUUCGCUACGCUGCCAGGCUGGACUCCCAAAAUCCAGAGGAUAUGGGCCGUAAUUUCAUCUUCUACUACUUCCUGUCCAAUGACAUGCUCAGCAUCUUUGAAACUUUCAAACGCAACACAGGAAUUGGUGGAGGAAAAUUUCUAGAGAAGACACGUGUUCCCAAACCAGGAAGCAGUGUGGAAAACCCAGAGUACUACGGACCAGCCGAUUUUGCCAUAGGAGCCACAGUGGAGGUGUUUGGACGGCGCUUCAUACUGACAGAUGCUGAUCUCUACGUGCUCAAGUACCUUGAAUCAGUGGCUGAACAGGAGCGAAUCCCAGAGCAGACCCUCUGCUCACUCCGGCAAGCUCUAGGGAAGAACAAGGCGUUGAGCCUGAUGCUUCCCUCAGAUAAAGAAAUUACACAAUCACCCUGAAGACUACGGCACUACCACAUCUUUACUGUCACACAUUUCACCUUCUCUAAACUUCUCUGUGCUCGGACGAAAGGAUUAGAGCGUUUUUCUAUCUGAGUGAAUCAAAAAUUUAUUCAUCCCUACAUAUUAAAUCACUUGUGCAUGACACCUUUUUCAGAGAUGUGAUUAGAUAGAAAUCAGUAAAACAUCUGUAUUUGGUUAUUUACUAUAUCAAUAAGGAACGAUGGAAACUCCAGUAAUCAGCAGCAAUUAUCUGCAGCAUAAGAGGAAUAAAAACACCAGGCUGUGCUAAUAAUCAACUACACCAUAGCGCAUUGCUAAGUAUUUUUCUGAAGCGUUUAUUUUAUGGCACAAUGAUUUUCCCUUAUUACUUUUUUGUUUUAUUUGACUUUUUUUCUUUAUUAAUCAGCAUCAUAUAUUUGAUCUGUUUCAUUUCAGUUAAUAAUUAAACAGUUUCACAGAUGCUCACUUACAUUAUAGUAGCUAUAAACAGUCCUGCCCUCACCAGCCUGCAUAAUAUUCCAUUAUUGGCAAAUAAAUUUCUUCUUUCACAAAAUUAAACAUAUCAGUUGGUUGUUUUUGUUUACUUGGUUCUCUGAACUGCUGAUGUAUUAGAAUGAGUACAUUCAACACCUUCAACACCUAAUACUCAACACCUUCUAAUACUCAACACCUUCUAAUACUCAACACCUUCAACACCUAAUACUCAACACCUUCUAAUACUCAACACCUUCAACACCUAAAACUCAACACCUUCUAAUACUCAACACCUUCAACACCUAAUACUCAACACCUAAUACUCAACACCUUCUAAUACUCAACACCUCAACCAACCCCUAAUACUCAACACAUUCAACACCUAAUACUCAACACCUUCAACACCUAAUACUCAACACCUUAACACCUAAUACUCAACACCUUCUAAUACUCAACACCUUCAACACCUAAUACUCAACACCUUCUAAUACUCAACACCUUCAACACCUAAUACUCAACACCUUCUAAUACUCAACACCUCAACCAACCCCUAAUACUCAACACAUUCAACACCUAAUACUCAACACCUUCAACACCUAAUACUCAACACCUUCAACACCUAAUAUUCAACACCUUCUAAUACUCAACACCUUCAACACCUAAUACUCAACACCUUCUGAUACUCAACACCUUCUAAUACAACACCUCAACACCUAAUACUCAACACCUUCAACACCUAAUACUCAACACCUUCUAAUACUCAACACCUCAACCAACACCUAAUACUCAACACCUUCAACACCUAAUACUCAACACCUCAACACUUUCUAAUACUCAACACCUCAACCAACACCUAAUACUCAACACCUUCUAAUACUCAACACCUUAACCAACACCUUCUAAUACUCACCACCUAAUACUCAACACCUUCUAAUACUCAAGACCUUCUAAUACUCAACACCUCAAUACCUAAUAAUUAACACCUAAUACUAAACACCUCAACACCCUAUACUCAACACCGCCUAAUACUCAACCCUUAACCAACACCUUCUAAUACUCAAAACCUUCAACACCUAAUACUCAACACCUCAACACCUAAUACUCGACCUCAACCAACACCUUCAACACCUAAUACUCAACACCUUCUGACACUCAACACCUCACCACUUUCUAAUACUAAACACCUCAACCAACACCUUCUAAUACUCAACACCUCAACACUUUCUAAUACUCAAUACUUUAACCAACACCUUCUAAUACUCAACACCUUAACACUUUCUAAUACUCAAUACUUUAACCAACACCUUCUAAUACUCAACACCUCAAAAUACUCAACAUCUUCAACACCUAAUACUCAACACCUAAUACUCAACACGUAAUAUAUUUAACACCUCAACCAACACCUUCUAAUAUUUACCACCUAAUACUCAACACCUCAAAAUACUUAACACCUCAAAAUACUCAACACCUUCAACACCUUAUACUCAACACCUCAAAAUACUCAACACCUUCAACACCUAAUACUCAACACCUUCUAAUACUCACCACCUAAUACUCACCACCUUCAACACCUAAUACUCAACACCUCAACACCUAAUACUUAACACCUAAUACUCAACACCUCAAAAUACUCAACACCUUCAAAUACUCAACACCUUCAACACCUAAUACUCAACACCUAACACUUAAUAUUUAACAUCUAAUACUAAACACCUUCAACACCUAAUACUUAACACUUAAAAUAAGACUAUUGAUUAAUUGUUUAUACCUACUUUGAUUUGUGAUUAUUGCUCAUGAGAAGAACACUGCAUUGUUAUUGCCGGCACUCUUCCAACACCUUCACUGUGUAAAGUAGAAGUGGCCAAACUUGUUCCUAUGAAAAAUUUAAUUUGAUUGUGGGCCGUGGGCUGGGCGCCGAAAGUAAAUGUUGCAUUAUAACAGUGUUAUAACAUUGUUAUAUUAGCGUUAUGUUGCUGUGGGUACUAGCAGACACUCUUGUUAUAAACCAGUGCUAUAAAAUAAACUUUUUUUUUUAAUUGUCAUAAUCAAUGUCAUAACUUUUUUCCUAAAUGUGUCAAGGAUUUUAACCUGCUGAACCUCUUAAUUGUAAUGAAAUUCAAUAUCAACAUACAAAAACCGCUCUAAUGUCAAAGAAUUUCUCUGAGUUGUUUUCAAUUAACAUUUCAUAAUUGCUGGAUAUAAAAACAUUCUGGGGUUACAUCCUUCCUUUUUCCAACUUUCUUUUCCACAUACACCAGUAACAUCCAAAUUAUUCAUCCUUCUUGCUUAGAUUUGCUAAAAGUUGAAAGAAGAAAAAAAAGCAUAAGGAAAUGAGUGAAGGACAGAACACCUGCAAAAUACUCACACAUCACAUUGCAGCUAAAUAAUCAGUGGUCAGAUUUUUACAUCUAAUAUCACAAUAUCCUUCAUCCUCGACACAGCAGAUUCCCUCAUUUCGCUACAGAAAGCAAAAAAAUACAAUUCACCUUUUUUUUUUUUCACAUCACUUUAUUCUAACUCUGUAGGUGCUCAGAAGACAAUCACUUCAGAAUUGGCAAUAAAACAGUCCACAUUUCACACUGUUCACGUCGUGUUUUACAAACAGAAAGUUCUUAAUGUCGAUGUUAAAUGUCUAAAUAUUGUUGUUCAUUUAAUUCGUUAAGCACAAGACUUUAAUUAUUGGACUUUGGCGGAAAAGACGUACGAAUACCCGUUUGGCUUUGAGUUUGGUUGUCUGUAAAUGUAAUGUUCUGCUGUAUAGUUCAAGUUCUGCAUCACUUUAUAACCAGGCUGUGAGAGGUCGAGUCUGUGCUCCUCAGAAGAACUUUACACACCGAUCAGAGGGCAGAUCUCACUCAGGUUACAUUAUAUAAGAAGUCAUACUUUAUUCACAGAUUAAAGGAAACAUUGGUCAUCUGUGUAUUUAUGCAAUGAUUUUCUUUAGCAGACCUGCUUCGUGAGAGACUAGUAAACACUCCAGUGAUAUAAAAUAAACAACUCGGCCAUUUUUUAUUGUCAUAACAAAUCACGAUUGUGAAGCUUAACAAUUUUUUAAAAAAUGUGUCAAGGAUUUCAAUCUGCCGAACCUCCUAACUGUAAUGGAGGAAAAAAUAUCAACAUGCAAGAACCCGUCUACGGUCUACUGUCUACAGUCUACUGUCUACAGUCUACAGUCUACAGUCUACAGUCUACUGUCUACUGUCUACAGUCUACUGUCUACUCUCCCUUAAACAAAAUCCCAAAAUAUUUUGACCUGCACUCUGGAUGUCCUUCCCAGGCCACCAUAGGCCUAUUUGAUCACUUUCCCCAGGGCUGGCUGAUACAGUACUGUUUUA